AUGUUUAAACUGGAAGGACUUGGGCCUAAAAUGGACCCUGAGGAAAUGAAGAAGAAAAUGCGACAAGACGUCGUCUCGUCUUUACGAAACUUUCUUAUUUACGUCGCUCUCCUCAGAGCCACUCCGUAUGUAUUAAAGCAGCUCGACAGUAUUUGA